CAGCCAUCACGGGGGAAGGGUGUGCCGCGCCUUGCUCCGGCCUGGCCCUCCCUCCUUCCUUCCUCCCGUCUGAAAUAGAUCAUUGCUUUCAGUACUUUUUUGUUUACCUUUCAUAUUUGCUGUGCGUGUCAAGAGCAGUGAUGAAUUUUGAACUGAACGAAACCCAGUGACAUUUAUCUAUUUAUCUAUUUCUCUUAGUUCAUUUUAUUUUUCUUAUUUUUUUUUCGUGACGUAAUUGGAAAUACGUGAAUUUUUUUUAUUUUUCACUUUUUUAGAGUGAAGAAAAAAAUAUAUUAAAAAAGUGAAGGAAAGAAAAUAAAAAAGAAAAACUUAAUGAAGAAGAGAAAAUUUUUGAAAGAUAAACCCAAAUUAUUCUUUAAGACAUGAUUUUUUUUCCUCUCCAUUUUUCAUGAAUUUUGAGGGAGGGAAGCAUUAGAGGAGGAGGAGGAGGCGGAGGAAGAGGAGUAAAGAGGAAGAAGAAGAGGAAGAAGAGGAUGGUGUCAGCCAGUGUGGUGAAGAGUGUGGUGGUGCUGGUGUUUGUGGGAGCGGCGGGAGGCUGGCGGCACGGCGGAGGGGGCGAGGACAGGAGUACCAACCCUCGCAGACACCCAUGGCGAGUCCCCCCCAGCCAGCAAAACAACACGGCCGUCACUGCACAGGUUGGCGGCACUGCAAGGAUCCGCUGCUAUACUCACUUCCUGGCUGACGAAAUGGUAACUUGGAUGAAGCGGGACGAAGACCAGCUGCUCACCGUCGGCUCGCAGGUGUAUUCUUCCGAGGCCCGGUACUCUGUCUCCCACUCCAGGCAUCAGAAGAUGUGGGAGUUGUCAAUCCGCGACGUUCGGUUCACUGAUGCGGGACUAUACGAGUGUCAGCUUACCACGCAUCCUCCCGCCUCGCUAUUCUUCUGGCUCAGAGUGGUUGAGGCUCGUGCAGUUAUCAGAGGUGGACCAGCCGUGCACGUACCAACAGGGGGACGGUUCACCCUUCACUGCACGGUUCACCUUGCCACAGAGACCCCUUCCUAUAUCUUCUGGUUCCACAAUGGUACGAUGGUGAACUUCCUGUCUCGUCGUGGGCUUCGAGUCGAGUCCCUCAGCCACACCUCCUCUGUCUUACGAGUGUCCGAGGUCAUGUGGCGAGACGCGGGUACUUACAGAUGUGAGCCGCACCGUGCUGUACCUGCGAAUAUGACGGUGCAUGUGGUGGAAGGGGAGAAACACGCAGCCUUACACAACGGCCAAAAGGAGUCAAGUGAACAGGACUCCCCCGCAGCUGGCAGUGGACUCACCCUCACGCUCUCCUCUUCGCUGAUUGGCUCCCUCUGCUUGCUGGCCGUCCAAUGGGGUGGCGGCUUCCCGAGUGUAAACACUUGAUGAUCUUUUUUUCCAUUUCUUUCCCCACGUUUUCUUUCCUUUCGUCCACCGAGAUGUCUGUGUUUGUGCGGUGUUUUUAAUCGGCGUUUGUGUCCCUCCUGUGUGUGAAAGUGUGUUUGUUAAGUUCGUUUCGUGUUUGUAAAGAUGUAAUGUAAUGAGUGACAAUGUACCGAGGCUAGGUAAGGGGUUUUGUUUAUUGUAUUAGUGUGUUUUGUCAAGUUUUUGUGUGUGUGAACGUUGACAAGUGGAGUGUUGUUAUUUGAAGAGAUGUAACAUAAGGAAGUGAAUGUUGAAUUGUGAAGGUGCUUGGCCUAAAUAAACUGGAGAGAUUUGUUUACGAAUAUUGAGAGAGAGAGAGAGAGAGAGAGAGAGAGAGAGAGAAUGUAUUUUUCGUUAAUAUGUAUUUUUAUUAAUAUAUUCUCUCAUUUUUGCUGCUCUUUGUGAAUUAAUGAAUAUGACAAGAAGGUGAAAAAGGUGUUAAAUAAAAUAUCUUGUUUCUUAAUGCAUGAUAAUUUUUUAAAGGCCUGAGAGAAAACUAUUCAUUUUGUGACUUUUUUCUUCGGUUCUCUUAGUGAAGGAAAGAAAUAAGACGAGGAAAUGAAAAUAUGUGACUGCCGAUGCAUGGAUGAUUGAAGGAAACUGAGAGAGAAAAAAAAAAGUCUAAAAAUGAAAAAAAUCGAUAGAAAAAGGAGAAGGAAAAGAAAAAAAAUGAAGAAAAAUAAACAUGAAUGAAUUAGUUUUCCGAAAUUUCACUUUUUUUUUUCCAUUUUUUUUUUUUUUUAGAGAGAGAGAGAGAGAGAGAGGAUUUAUUCUUUUCUGACUAAUCUUUUUUUCUUUUUCUUUUUCUGCUUUUAUAAACUUUUUUUUUAACUAAGAUGUGGAAAAAAAAAACAAUGUAAGCUUCUAUUGUGAAAUUAAAAUAUAGUGUAGUGAAUUGCGAUAUGAAUAGUGGAGUAGAAAAUUAUUGUACAGUAUUAUUAAUAUUUUUGUUCAUAGAGUUAAAGAACACGUGGUACGAAAUGCAUUAAGGUCAAAAAACUGUUAUUUGUUCUUCGUUCAGAAAAGUUUUGCUGUGAAAUGCGACAAAAAAAAUAAAGCAAUGAAAGAAAACGAGAAAAAAAGAAAAUUGUUGAAAGAAAGAAAAGGAAAAAAAAAGGUUGGUUAAACGAAAGUAAAGAAAAAAGGUGUGGUGAACGAAAGAAAAGGAGAGAAGUAAAAGGGAAAGCUAUGUUGAACUAAAGAAAAAGAGGAAAAGACUAAGAUAU